CACCAGUUCAAGCGGCCCAAUGCCGUCACCAGAUGCACCUCGGGGAAGACGUUUCCAUGGGGGGAAUCCUGGCCUCGACCGGCCCCAAACCUUGGUUGAAAUAGCUUCGGUAAAAAGCCCACCGCCCUUCGCCCAGCACCAACCCAAACGUAGCUUGGGAGCCGAUGUUGGUCCAUGAUCGGAUCGGGGUCGAUUGACGAUGCUCAUUAAACACGAGGAAAAUAACGGUGCGGGGGAUGCGGAGCCGAACAAGCCAUUGCCCAAUGGUUCCGGGCCAUCCAUAGAUGCACCCAGCCAGCG